UUCUCAGUGUACACUCAGAGUAUCAUUUAGGCACCAAAAAAAUAAAAGCUGCCGCUUGGUGCUGAGGUCUUCACACACUUAACAAUAUUCGCCUGGAGUAAGCACAGCCAGCAGCUAUGGAGCCCAACAUCAUCAGAGAAGGUUAUCUGGUAAAAAAGGGCACUGUGCUAAAUUCUUGGAAAGUAGUGUGGGUGGUGUUAGCAGAUGACGGAAUAGAGUUUUACAAGAAGAAGACAGACAGCAGCCCAAAGGGCAUGAUUCCAUUAAAAGAAGCCACGUUGACAAACCCGUGUCAGGACUUCAGCAAAAGAACGUUAGUGUUCAAGGUAACCAGUGAAAAGAAACAGGAUCAUUUUUUUCAAGCAACCCACCUGGAGGAAAGAGAGGCAUGGGUUAAAGACAUCAAGAGAGCCAUCAGUUGCUUGAACGGUGGAAAAAAAUUUGCCAGGAAAUCUACCAGGAGGUCAAUUCGAUUGCCUGAAACGGUCAACCUGAGUGAGCUGUAUAUUUUGAUGAAAGACCAAGACAAGGGAAUUAAAGAAAUGAAAGUGGAGAAAGACAAGAAGCUUUUCAACCACUGCUUCACUGGUGACACAGUGAUUGACUGGCUGAUCUCGCAGGGGAAAGUAAGGAACCGGGCUGAGGGUGUGAUGCUGGCCACUGGGCUGCUGAAUGAGGGCUACCUACAGCCAGCUGGAGAUAUGUCCAAAGCAGCAGUGGAAGGCAAUGCAGAGUCUGCAUUCCUAGACCAGCCAGAUGCUCUAUACUACUUUGCAGAAAGUGGCUUCUUCUGUGAAGGUUACUCAAGCGAUGAGGAUGUGAUAUUGAAGGAAGAGUUCCGAGGAGCCAUAGUGAAACAAGGUUGUUUAAUGAAACAGGGCCACAGGCGAAAGAACUGGAAAGUGAGAAAAUUUAUCCUGAGAGAUGAUCCUGCAUAUAUCCACUACUAUGACCCCACUAAGGGUGAGGAGGAUCCUCUUGGCUCGAUUCACUUGCGUGGAUCUGUUGUGACUGCGGUGGAUUAUGUACCAGAUGCUAAGAAGCAUGAGAUCGAGGGCAACUUGUUUGAGAUCAUUACUUCAGAUGAGAUACACUACUACCUGCAGGCAGCUACAGCUGAAGAACGCAAUGACUGGAUCAGAGCUGUUCAAGCUGUUUCAAAGUCUGGAAAAUAACUGCAUAAAACACUUCAAUUCAAAAGGAUCCUGAUGAAAAAAGGGACUCUGGAUAACAUACUAUGUACCUUUAUGUCAUACAUAUACACAUACAAAAUAGCCAUGUUUCACUUUUUGCAUAGUAAAUGUGAUAUUCCCUUUGAAACACAAAAAAGGUUAAGAAAUGGAUACACCAUAGAACAUGUGUAAAAAUAAUUGUGUAUUAUUCGUUAAUUCUAGUCCAAAAGGGGAAAAAAAGUCUAAAAGUGGAAACUGUUGAAAUCUUUGCCGGCCAGCCACUUCCUGUUUCUGUGACCAAACACAUCACUUCCUGUCUGUCAAUAUUCCUGCCACUCUGUGGUUAGCCUCAUGAAUGUCAUCUUACACUUCUUAUCAAGCGCACAAACCAGCUCCAUAUAUGGCAUUUUAAGGGAAGGGUGCACGUUUAGUACCACAACAAUUCUCAUGUAAGCCUCUAAAACUAAAAUAUCACCAUAUAAACAGGCAAUUGUGGUACACAUUUAAAUAAGGAGACUAAUAUUUGAAGAUGUUUGCAGGGUGUGAUGAGUGUCAAGGUUACUCAACUGUUUCCUUGCAUGUACAGGGUUUACAUCUAGGACUUUUGUGUUAAAGGCUAAUUUUUAAAUUGCCCAUAGCGUAUGAUUGUUUGUGUAACUGUGUAUGUGUGUGUGUGUGUGUGUGUGUGUGUAUGUGUGUGUGUGCUUGUGCCAUGGGUGGGGUGUCAUCAUCCAUGGUGUCGCCAUCCUUUUGCCCCAUCAACCUUAAACAGGAGUACAGAGACUAAAUAAAUGAAUUGUUUGAGGUUAUGAGUAAGGUUUAAAAAGGAGAGUGUCCAAAUUGUCAGGUUUUAAGAUUAAUUAAAAGAAAAAUUAUUGCUUGUUGUGUCCACCGCACAUUACGCCCACUUACCGGCCAAGCCCGAACAUCACACACGUGCAUGCACGAUGUCUGAAGAUCUAGUUUUAUUUUAGUUUAUUAAGGAUAAAGAGACUUUAUUCUAAUUGUAGUGGUAUAAUGACAUUUGUUUGGUAGCUCUCAGACACAAGCAGCAUUAUUAAAAAAUCUUACAUUAUG